AUGUCAACCACAGAGUCCACUCAAGGUUCUUCCUCAAGAAGAGGUCAACAGCACAAAAGAAGUGCUCCAACCGGUACUGCACGAAGACAUCACAAUUGGUUUGAUACCUUCUUUGACGAUCCAUUCAUUAGUCGUUUCUUCCCAACUCGUUUUUCAAGAGGUUCUACGGGUAAAGAGAUCACUGGUACCGAUACAACCGCUCUUACUACACCUGACUUUAUUCCUCUCACCGAUGUAAGCGAAACCGAUACUCUUAUUAGAAUUGUAUGUGAUUUACCUGGUCUCUCUAAACAAGACGUUAACAUCGAUCUCGACGAAGAGAAUAGAAUUUUGACGUUGAGUGGAGAAAUUACACGUGAUAAACAAGAGGAAAAUGAAACUUUUCAUUCUCUGAAAGGGUCUACGGCAACUUUAGAAGAAGUGUUUACUUACCUCAAGAAGCAGAUUUGA